AUGGGAGAGGUACCCCAGAUUGCCAUUCUUGGAGCUGGUACCUUUAUGAGGACCCAAUACAUUCCUAGGCUCGCUGAGAUCUCUAAGCUCCUCCUUCUUAAAUCCAUUUGGAGCCGUACAGAGGAAUCUGCUAGAGGUGCCGUUGAGAUUGCUCAAAAACAUUUUCCAGGAGUAGAAUGCAAAUGGGGUGAUAAGGGUCUUCAAGAAAUUAUUGAAGAUAGUUCAAUUCUUGGUGUUGCAGUGGUUUUAGCUGGCCAAGCUCAGGUUGAUUUCUCAUUGAGGCUGCUCAAGGCAGGGAAGCAUGUCCUUCAAGAGAAACCUGCGGCAGCUUCUACAAGCGAAUUGGAAACUGCACUGUCAAGUUAUAGGUCAAUUUUUGCCAAUAUCCCUGAUAAACCAAUUUGGGCCGUAGCAGAAAAUUAUAGAUUCGAACCUGCUUUCGUUGAGGGCAAAAAACUAGUGAAUGAUAUUGGAGAUGUGAUGAGCAUCCAAGUUAUUGUUGAAGGAUCAAUGAACAGUUCGAACCCUUACUUCUCAAGCUCCUGGAGGCGCAAUUUUACUGGAGGUUUCAUUCUGGACAUGGGAGUACAUUUCGUCGCUGGACUGAGGAUGCUUGCUGGAUGUGAGCUAGUAUCUGUGUCAGCUAUAACCUCUCAUGUUGACAAGACCUUACCUGCACCAGAUAACAUAUCCUCUCUCUUUCAACUGGAGAAUGGAUGUUCGGGGGUUUUUGUGAUGGUAGUCUCCUCAAGAUCACCAAAGAUAGUUUGGCGAUUUGUUGGCUUGAAGGGAACGCUGCAAAUUGAGCGUGGAAACCAAGAUGGACGGCAUGGCUACCUGGUUUUAUUUUAUGGUUCUGAUGGACAAAGCAAAAGCUCCUUCUACCAAUUUAGCGGAGUGGACGAAGAAUUCAAAGCUUUUAUUAAUGACAUAUCACAUGCCAAUCUAAGGAAGGGAACUGGCUAUGAAGCCGAGCCUCGCAUGUCUUUCUUGGAAGGGGCUAGAGACGUUGCUGUUCUAGAGGCAAUGCUUGAAUCUGGAGGAAAGCAAGGUGCACCAGUUCAUGUGAAAAAAUAUCACUGA